AUGGAAGAUUACGAUUUCAAUCGUCAGUACCACCCAAGAAAGGCUAAUGUUGUAGCAGAUGCUCUGAGUCGAAAAAGCCAUGGAGUCUUGGCUAGUUUGGCAUUUGAAGAUUGGAAUAGGUUAGCUACCAAUGAGAGUUUCAAUUUGCAGUGCUAUGAGGACAGUUACAAGGCAUGUGUCUUCAACAUUGUAGCAACUCCUACCUUGAUACAGCUAGUAAAGCAAGGGCAAUGGCAUGAUGAAGAACUUGGUGAAGUUUGGAACCAGCUUCAGAGUGGGGAACAAAUUGAGGGAUGGCAGAUAAUUCUAGAGGGAUUCCUCCUUCAGAAAGGGAAGCUUGUGGUUCCGAAUGAUCUUGAUCUCCGAGAUGCCGUGUUGUAUGAGGCUCACUGUUCUAAGUUUUCCAUUCACCCUGGGAGCACUAAAAUGUACAUGGACUUGAAAAGGCAAAACUGGUGGCGUGGAAUGAAACGUGACAUUGCCAAUUUUGUGGCUAAAUAUGCAAUAUGUAAACAGGUCAAAGCGAAUCAUUAG